CUGCUGGGGGCCCAAUAAAAUAAAAUAAAAUAAAGAGGAUUGCGUCUGACAUGAACCUGCCUUCUUUCCUGCACCUCGGUGAGUUGAGCAGCGAUUAUGGGACAGGGCAUUAGCCAGCAUGAGUUAUUUGUACAAGGUCUUAAAGAAACUUUACAGGCACGAGGGGUAAAGGUUACAGUCAAACAGUUGUUAAAAUUUUUUGAUUAUAUUAGAGAUCUCUGCCCUUGGUUUCCCACCGAGGGUACCAUUGAGGAGAGGUGAUGGGAAAGAGUAGGGGAGGCCCUUAAGGAUUAUUAUGCUACUUGCAGACCAGAAAAGGUCCCGAUCACUACAUUUUCUUAUUGGAAUCUUAUUAAUGACAUUAUCUCUCAGAAAACCAAAGAUCCGGUGGUGGCUCAAGCCAUCCAGGUCGGGGAGAUAGCUCUCCGAUCAGAGAAAGGGUCGAUCACUCUCCCUCGGAGUGAAGAGUUUGUAAAUACCCUGCGGGACGCCAAGAUGGCGCCGAGGCCCGAGCCCCUGCGGGACGGGACUCCUUCAAAGGAUGAAGGAGAAGACUUGAUGUCUUUUGACAGCGACGAUGACUCAGACAAGAAAAAACAAAAUGUUAUUGAUGAGGGCUUACAGGCGGGCUCUGCCUCUUCCAAGCCUUUUAAAGAAAAGCUUCGGCGCUCCUCAGCUUCCGCCUCCGCUCUUUCAGCCCCUGCCUCUGACCCCGCCCCGCCUGUUAAGGAGGAACCAGCCUUGAAGCCUUCCCUCCGACACUUCAGAAACUCCCCCUUCCCACAGAACUGUCCGGGGGAGGCUGACUGGACCAAUCUUGAGGAGGAGGCAACCAGAUAUCGCAAUCCUGAUUGGCCACCCGUAGUUCAAUGUCCGCCUCCUUAUCUUCCAGAACCCAACACUCCCAUUGCGUCGGCUUUGACAUGCCCUGUUGUUGAUCCCCAAAAGGAACUCCGGGACAAGAUAAAAUUUCUAAAAGAACAAAUAAGAUUAGAAAAGGAACAUCAAGAACUUAUUGCCCAGCUCAAAGGCUUAAAAACAGGCAAAGCCCAUGAAAAUGUCCGUAGAGAGGACAAAUUUAAGCCAGGACCCCCCAUUAGAGGGGCGACCCCCAGGGUGCCAUCUGGAUCAAGGGUACCCCUAGAACUUGAAACUGUGGAAGUCUUUCCUGUAACUGAGACUGCAGACACACAGGGACAGGCAUGGAGACACCACAGUGGUUUUGAUUUUAAGGUUAUUAAAAAAUUUAAAACGGCCACAGCUCAAUACGGGGCCAUUACACCUUACACAAUGGCCAUUUUAAAAUCGGUGACAAAAAAUUGACUUCUCUCACCAAUAUCCGACAGGGGCCUGAUG